AUGUCCAAAGUAUAUAGGGGCAAUAUGUUAUUCUCUUAUCAUGCUCCUUUGCUACUCGCAGGUUCUAUCAAGUUCACCACGCACCCUUCCACUGUUAGAUAUGUUUCAGUUCCAUCUAUUAUGAGUUGUGUUUCCCUGGAAAUUUCAUUUAGUUCUUUACGUAACCCAUUUCUCACUCGAGGAAACCUUCAAGGACUUGUAGAUGG